UCCUCACUGACCCAUUUUCUCCUUCUAACAGUGUUACGAAGGAAAAAUCCAACAAAGAAAAAUUUGAUUCCAAAUGCUCAUAAAAAAAAAUUGUCCCGACUUUUCUAUUCACUACCGAUUCUUGGAAGGUUGCACAUAACUCAUGGAUCAUAGAAAGUGCACAUCUUUUGUCGACGCACCUUCUGUGAGUAUGGGUACUGUAAAUUUUCUGAAUAAGGUAUGUGGAAAGGCGCAAGUUGAAGAUCAAGAAGAUCCUGUGAAUCACGCCACAGCAGCGGAUGUGGAUGUUGACCUUAGAGAAGUUUAUUUUCUAAUUAUGCAUUUUCUAUCAGCUGGGCCAUGCCAAAAAGCAUUUGGGAAACUCUGGGAUGAACUUCUGGAACAUGAGCUUCUACCUAGGAGAUAUCAUGCUUGGUAUUCGAGAAGUGGUUUUCUAAGCGGGGAUGGAAAUGAUGAUGGAAACUCGUUUCCUCUAAAUUAUGAUAACUUAGUUGGAAGGUAUGCUCACAUUGAAAAAGAUCACUUGGUGAAGCUGCUCAAACAACUGAUGCUGAUCACAUCUCCUCCACUGCGGGACAGGAUUGGAAGAACUACCCCAAGUGCUGCUGAUGUUCCUACAUUACUAGGAACUGGGUCCUUUUCGCUGUUUCCAUGUCAUAAUAAAGUAAACAGGCAACAGACGUAUUUGCCAUCUUACCUCCGCUGGCCUCAUAUGCAGGCUGAUCAGGUUAGAGGGUUAAGUUUGAGGGAAAUUGGAGGUGGCUUUUCAAAACACCAUCGGGCUCCAUCUAUUCGCAAUGCAUGUUAUGCCAUCGCUAAGGCAUCGACUAUGGUGCAAAAGAUGCAAAAUGUGAAGAAACUUAGAGGGCAUAGAGAUGCUGUCUAUUGUGCAAUACUUGAUCACUGUGGUCGAUACGUGAUUACUGGAUCGGAUGAUCGUUUGGUUAAGAUUUGGUCAAUGGAAACUGCAUUUUGCCUUGCCAGCUGCCGGGGACAUGAAGGUGAUAUUACUGAUUUGUCGGUUAGCUCGAAUAACGCUGUAGUGGCAUCUGCAUCAAAUGACUACAGCAUUCGUGUUUGGCGUUUGCCCGAUGGAUAUCCUAUUUCUGUUCUUCGGGGACAUACAGGAGGUGUGACUGCCAUUGCAUUCAGUCCGCGACCUUGCUCUGUCUAUCAGCUCUUAUCGUCAUCUGAUGAUGGAACCUGUCGAAUCUGGGAUGCGAGAUACUCCCAGUGCAGUCUGCGUGUUUACCUGCCAAAGCCAAUCGAUUCUACUGCUGGAAGGAGCAGUGGUCUGCAAUCAGCUAGUGCAUCGUCAAGUAAUGGCCUGCAGUGCCAUCAAAUAUUAUGUUGUGCGUUCAAUGCUAAUGGGACUGUCUUUGUCACUGGCAGUUCUGAUACUUUUGCAAGGGUUUGGAGUGCUUGUAAAUCCAAUUCAGAUGAUCCAGAACAACCAAGUCAUGAGAUUGAUAUACUAGCGGGCCAUGAGAAUGAUGUCAAUUAUGUACAGUUCAGUGGCUGUGCUGUGGCUUCACGGUCUUUGCCAUCUGAUUCCCUUACGGAGGAAAGCAUUCCAAAAUUUAAAAAUUCCUGGUUUAGUCAUGACAACAUUGUCACUUGUUCACGUGAUGGCAGUGCUAUUAUUUGGAUUCCUAGAUCCCGCAGAUCCCAUGGAAAAGUUGGACGUUGGAUUCGGGCAUAUCACCUUAAAGUUCCUCCCCCGCCUAUGCCUCCUCAACCUCCUCGAGGAGGUCCACGUCAAAGAUUUCUUCCAACUCCUCGUGGUGUUAAUAUGAUUGUGUGGAGCCUAGAUAAUCGUUUUGUGCUUGCUGCUAUCAUGGAUAACAGAAUAUGUGUCUGGAAUGCUAGUGAUGGUAGCUUGGUGCACUCUUUGACUGGUCAUACUGCAUCUACCUAUGUGUUGGAUGUACACCCUUUUAACCCAAGAAUUGCUAUGAGCGCUGGCUAUGAUGGGAAAACGAUAUUGUGGGAUAUAUGGGAAGGCAAUCCAAUUCGAGUUUAUGAGAUUAGUGAACGCUUUAAGUUGGUUGAUGGAAAGUUUUCACAGGACGGGACAUCAAUUGUGCUUUCAGAUAAUGUUGGACAAAUAUAUCUUCUAAACACUGGUCAAGGUGAGUCCCAGAAGGAUGCUAAAUAUGAUCAGUUCUUCCUCGGGGAUUAUAGGCCACUUUUGCAGGAUAUUCAUGGAAAUGUUUUUGAUCAGGAGACGCAACUUGCUCCGUAUCGAAGGAAUAUUCAAGAUCCUCUAUGUGAUUCAAGCAUGCUUCCGUAUCCAGAACCUUACCAGAGUAUGUAUCAACGACGUCGGCUUGGUGCUUUGGGUAUAGAGUGGCGUCCUUCAUCCAUAAAAUUUGCUGUCGGCACUGAUAUUGGGAUUGGACAAGAGUUCCAUAUAUUACCUUUGGCAGAUCUGGACGCAGCAAUUGAGCCACUGCCUGAGUUUGUUGAUGCUAUGUACUGGGAACCAGAAAUUGAUGUUAUGAAUGAAGACAAUGAUUCAGAAUAUAAUGUUACUGAAGGAUAUUCCAGUGAUGAGCAAGACUGUCGGAGUGAUAGCUUGUCCAGUGAUCCAGAGUGUAGUGAAGACAAGGUCGGAUGGAGUCGAAAGAAUAGUCGGUCGCGAUCAAAACAAAAGAAACCUGUGAUAGAAGUUGACUCGAUGAUGUCGUCUGGGAGACGUAUUAAGAAGAGAACUUCAGACGAACAAGAUGGAAUUCUAUCCAGAAGUAGAAGAUAUAGAAAACUUAAAUAUGGAAAGAGAACUACUUCUAGUAGGAAAUCUCCCAAAUCAAAGUCAUUGAGACCUCAGCGAGUUGCCGCACGUAAUGCAGUCAAUAAUUUUUCCCAGAUCACGGAAAGUUCUACAGAUGCAGAGGACGAAGAUGAUUCAACAGGUAACUCAUUAGAUAGUGAGUCAUCAUAUGAAGGUUCAGCCAUUCAGAGACAAGUACUUAUUGACAACUUGCACAAGAAACAAAGUAAAUAUUCAGAUAGUGAAAAUAUAUCAGAAAGGCCUGAAGAUGUAGUUAAGCCUCUCAAGCAACCUGACUCUCGGGUUAGUGUUGGAAACAAGAAGAAAUUGGUGCUGAAAUUUUCACUUCGUGAUCCUAAAAGCCCUGUAUAUCCGGAGAAUGUUAGGAAACAACUUAAUGAUCAGGAAGAUCUAGCACCUUCAACUUCCCGACAUCAUGGAGAAAACCCUGAAGGAAACAAGAUUUACCUAAGAUCGGACGAUGUUGGUUCAUCUUCCAGAAAUAUAGAUGAUAAGGAACUAUCAGAAAAAUUCAAUAGAAGUCAAGUUAGAGAAACUGAAAAAUUUACGAAUGCUGACAACAAUUUGAAGACAUCCACUGGAUGUGACAAUUCCAGUGUAAGUUGGGGAAAAUUCAAAUUACGCACGUCAAAGGGAAUGCAGUUAGGAGAUCUUGUGUCUACAAAUGCUAAUGGAGAAAUAGUUAAUGGAUGCUUAUCAACUCAAGAGACAGUCAAGUCUUCAUUAUCUAACGUGUUGCCUCUUCAUGAUCAUCAAGGAACAGGCAGUGAUCCUAGAGUGUUUGACAGUCAAAAUCAGAUCAAAGGAGGAAAGGACACUAGUUCUCAUCUUUGCAGAUCUAAUAAUUUGAUUGUAAAUGUAAACCACUCUUCUGAGCUACAAAAGAAUCCUAAACAGAAAUCUACUAUACUAAAAAUCAAAUCGAAAAACAUUCUGGGAGACACUAAAGAUUCUUUCCAACCGAGAAUCAUCGCAAGAGGAAAUUCUUCCCCGGGUGCAAAAGUCGAAUUAACAUCUGAAGGUCCCUCCUUGGGAAUGUCAAUGGCAGGCAACAGGAUGAAAGGACCAAUGCAACAAUCACAUUUGAAUGGUAAUAUAUUUUGUGAACUUUCAGAUGUUAGCCUCCAUAAUCGAGAGGUAGAUGCAGAUUUACCUGAUGUAGCAACUGAUGCAGUGUGUAGAUCUAGGUCAACUAAUCUUGUGAACCAUAACUUUGAGAUGUGUGAGAACCAUCUACUACCUGGCACAUCAAGACGUGGAGAAAAUCCCUCUGUGAAGGAUCUUGAAUAUUUCCCUUCGCAGGAAUGGGGGUCAAUGUCAAAAUGCACAGUCCGAUUAAGGUCUUCCCGGAACAAAAGUGAAUAUUACCACGAUGAAGACAGAAGUACUUCAGCUGGAAGAAACUCUCACACCGUGUCAAGAAAAUCAAAUUGGCUGCUAUUAGCAGAGCAGGAGGAGGGAUAUCGCUACANAAGAACUGAUCGAUAUGGGAUUUUAAAAUUGAAUGAAGUUGCGCGAAAGUCGGAUUUUGUCAACAGGUUUCCGGUUCCAUUAUCACCUGAUAUAAUCAAGUUAAGAUUAGAACAUGGAUACUAUAGGAGCUUGGAGGCACUAAGGCAUGAUAUCAUGGUGAUGCUGUCGAAUGCUGAAUUGUACUUUCAGAGAUAUACAGAGUUUUCGAGAAAGAUGAAGCGUCUUAAAAGUUGGUUUGAUGAAAAAUUUUCAGAACUGUGAUUGGUGUCUGUUGUUUUCAGAUUUGUGGGAGAUUUACAGGGAGGAUAUCGAGAUUUUCUUAAGAGAGGAGGUAAUCUGUGUCAUGAGCUGAACUUGAAGUGGCACCACUGGGCAAUGAGUGUAGAAGAGCCUUGCCUUCAGCAUUGUACAAGUGCUCAAUGCUCAUUUGGACCAUGGCCACACGACUAUCAUACAAGGCGAGAGUUGGAAGUAAGCUACCAGCAUAUGUCGACGAGCACUGAGCUUGGUUAGUAGUGUCGGCUCAUUCUAUCUUGCUCGCCUGCCAACCCAUGAAUUCUUUAGAGCAGGAAAAAAAUAAAUAGAAUUUGUGGAAUGAUGUUUCUGUGAGAUUAAAUUUCAAGUUUAAAUGCCUAAAAUAUAAAAUUACGAACGUGUA